GCGGGUUCACGCGAGGUGGGAGUGUUUGAGGGGCGCUAGACUUCACAACACAACUCUCAACAUAAACUAGCCAAAGGAAUAAAAGUGUAGUUGUGGGUUUCAGGAGGGGAAACCCUCCUGAACUUGGCCAGCUUUCCUUGUCAACUUGUCAGGGUGACAAUGAUGGCAACACAGGGUAGCAGCGAGGAGCCUGACCCCUUUUCGGUGGUGAACCAGAUGGCUGGAGCACCAGUAGACGGGACCACCCAGUUACCAGCCUGUCCUGGGCCGGGCAUCUGCAUAUCAGACCUGAGCCCAGCUCUGUCCCUCCAUACCACAGUUAUACCACCUAAACAGUCUCCUGAGGUCACAUACCUUGUCUUUGGGAGGGAUCCAAGACCUGGAACCGUCAUGUUUGCCUCAAAAGGAGGUGGUGUUGGUAGUGGACAUGUUACAUUGGGGUCUUUCUUAGGAGUGGGUAGGGGAAUGUUAGAUCCUCUACCUGAAGGAGCUGUCAGCAGGGAACCGUCUGCAUCCGUGAGUCCAGAGGUGGGUCUAGCAGCCCCUCUGUUUCCACUGCUGGGCAACGUUGAAGAAGGUGAUGCUUUGGAAGGGCCGGAAAUUGGAGAAGAGGAUGAAGUAGUGUUAACCCUUACAGCACCGCCUCCUAAUCAGUGGUACCAUGGAAAGCUGGACCGUAUGAUUGCAGAGGAGCGUUUACUUCAGACUCAAACGUCUGGCAGCUACCUCAUCAGGGAGAGUGAUCGCCGACCGGGCUCUUUUGUGUUGUCUUUCCUUAGCAAGUGCAACACGGUCAGCCAUUUCAGGAUCAUUGCCAUGUGUGCAGACUACUACAUUGGUGGCUGUCGUUUCUCCUCUCUGUCAGAUCUGAUUGGUUAUUACAGUUACGUGUCCUGCCUGCUGAAAGGAGAGAAGUUGUUAUCACCGGUGGCCCCUCCAGAGCCUGUCGAAGAUCGUAGGAGGGUGCGAGCAAUUCUACCAUACACCAAAGUGCCUGAAACUGAUGAAAUCAGUUUCUUCAAAGGCGACACUUUUAUAGUUCAUAAUGAACUAGAGGACGGCUGGCUGUGGGUGACAAAUGUCCGGACAGAUGAGCAGGGACUCAUAGUCGAGGACUUGGUGAAGGAAGUGGGGCGUGAGGAGGACCCUCAUGAAGGAAAAGUAUGGUUUCAUGGAAAAAUCAACAAGCAAGAAGCUUACAGGCUGCUGAUGACAGUUGGACAGGUGGGCAGUUUUUUAGUGCGGCCCUCUGAUAGCACACCUGGAGACUAUUCACUGUACUUCCGAACCACAGAGACCUUGAAUUGUGCUCAUACUUACAACCCAUACAGAUCGACUUCUUUUUUGGGCAGUAUUGAUGACAUCAUUGAACACUACAGGAAGGAACAGAUAGUUGAGGGUCACAACCUCAGAGGUGCUGUAUCUCUCCAGCAACAGGAGCAGCUGCUCUCUGACUCGGUGGAAGGCGAAGAAAUCUACAACAAUAUCCGUCAAAAGACCAAGGAUGCUUUCUAUAAAAACAUAGUGAAGAAAGGCUAUGUCUUGUUUAAUAAAGGAAAAGGCAAAAGAUGGAAAAAUCUGUAUUUCAUCCUGGAGGGCAGCGAUUCACAACUGAUCUACUUCGAGAGUGAGAAACGUGCAACAAAACCAAAGGGUUUAAUCGAUUUGAGCGUGUGCUCUGUAUAUGAGGUCCAUGACAGUAUGUUUGGCAGGCCAAUCUGUUUCCAGAUAGUUGUGCAGCACUUUAAUGAGGAGCAGUGUAUUUUUUACUUUGCAAGAGAGACUCCUGAACAAGCUCAGGACUGGAUGAAAUGUCUGCAAACCUUUUGCAAUAAUCUUAGAAAACCAAGCCAGCUAUGCUCAAACAAACGCCUACGUCAGGUCAGCAGUUUAUUUCUGAAUGUUGAGGAGGCUCACAAGCUGCCCAGUAAACAUUUCACAAACGUCUACUGCAACAUUUACCUGAACAGCAUUCAAGUAGCAAAGACCCAUCCACGAGAGGGCCAAAACCCCGUAUGGACAGAAGAAUUCAUUUUCGAUGACCUGUCCAGCGAAAUCAACAGAUUUGAAAUCAGUCUGAGCAACAAGAUGAAGAAAAGCAAAGAGAGUGAUAUUUUGUUCAUGUGCUGUCCGCUGUGCCAUCUUCAGAGGGGUCAGAUGAUUGACGAGUGGUUUCUCCUGAGCUCUCAUGUGCCCCUGAAGAAUGUGGAGCCCAGCUCACUCCGUCUGAGAGUGCGCUACUCUGUGGAAAAGAUUAUGCCCGUGGAGGUGUACAGUGAGUUAAAAGAGCUGGUUCUGCUGAAGGAGUUGCACAUGAUCAGUGCCCUGGCUCACGUGUGUGGACAGAACCGCACUCUCCUCGCCAGUGUUCUGCUCAGGAUAUUCAGACAUGAGAACCAGGAAGCUCAGCUGCUCAGAGCCCUCAAUGACCAAGACAUCAGCGCUGAAGAUGAAGCUACAACACUUUUCCGUGCCACCACGCUGGCCAGCACUCUGAUGGAGCAGUACAUGAAAGCCACGGCCACUCCAUUUGUUCACCAUGCACUUAAAGACACCAUCCUUAAGAUCAUGGAGUCCAGGCAGUCCUGUGAGCUCAAUCCCUCUAAACUGGAGAAGAACGAGGACUUGAACGUGAAUCUCGCUCACCUCUUGAGCAUUGUGUCCGAGUUGGUGGAGAAAAUAUUCACGGCUGCUGAAAUCCUUCCUCCGACUCUCAGGUUCAUUUAUGGGUGUUUACAGAAAUCUGUACAGCAGAAGUGGCCGAGAAACACGACCAUGAGAACUAGAGUAGUGAGUGGUUUUGUCUUCCUCAGACUGAUCUGUCCUGCUAUUGUCAAUCCAAGAAUUUUUAACAUCAUUGCUGACCCUCCUUCUCCCACGGCAUCCCGUACACUCACCUUAGUGGCCAAAGCCAUCCAGAAUCUGGCUAACCUGGUGGAAUUUGGAGCCAAAGAGCCGUACAUGGAAGGAGUGAAUCCAUUCAUCAAGAUUAACAAGCACCAAAUGAUCAUGUUUUUGGAUGAGCUUGGGAAUGUCCCUGAGCUGCCUGAACCCACAGAGCACUUUAACACUGAUCUGGCCCGUGACCUCGCCGCCCUACACCAGCUCUGUGUCACACAUUUAGAUGAACUGAGGACACUCAGCAGUGAGAGAGGAGCACAGCAGCACAUCUUGAAAAAACUCUUGGCAGUAUCUGAACUUCUGCAACAGACCAAAACUCAAUAUGCAAUACCCAACAGCAACCGAUAGACUAUUUCAGCUGCAUGAUUUCACAGCUCUACAUACAUUAAAUGACUGCUAUAAGACGUGCUACACAGUUCUCAAGUGUAUCAUUUUUGUUAAAAUCACAUGAUCUGUUGAUCUCACAGAGUUAAAGGGAUAGUUUGCCCAAAAUAGAAACAAUUAAAAAAUGUUCAACAUUUGCUCACCCUCAUGUUGUUCGUAUGAGUUUCUUUCUACAGUGGAACAGAAGGAGACGUAAGCCUCAGUCAACAUUCAUUUUCAUUGUAUGGAGAAAUAAUACAACGUGAAAGUGAAUGGUGACUAAGGAUAACAUUCUGCUUAACAUCUCUUUUUCUGUUCCACAGAAGAAAGAAAGUCAUACAAGUUUGUAACAACAUUAGGGUGAGUAAAUUAUGUCAGAAUUUUCCUUUUUGGGUGAAGUAUCCCUUUGAGCUAAAAAGAAAAUACUGUAUUAAGCAAGUGAAUUUCAGUCACUAGUGAAUGAAGUCAUUUCAGCCAUCCUCAGCUGUGUAAAGAGGUCAUAGUGACAUUAUCCGGGUGACAGAAGGGAUGUUUUCCAGUUUCAUAUCUACUGUAGGCUACUGUUUGCUUUCUGUCAAACACCAUUAUAGUGUUUGCUCUGAAAUGGCAAACAAAACAACACUUUCAUAAAAAUGCUGAAAAGUGGAUAAACCGAAGUGCGCGAAAAGAUCAAACAUGCCUUUUCAAUUGGCUCUCUGUCGGUUUUUUCUUACACUUUUAAACUGUAAGCAGAAAGCAUGUGAAUUUAUAUAUCCGUCCGAUAAAGCAAAGGAAGGUAUUUUGUAUUAAAACAGCUCUUGAAAACAAAGUGCAAUUUGUCUCUGAAUUUUUCUAGAAUGAUUUUCUGACAAUAUGCAUAACGAUAUGAGAGAGAUUACGCUAUCGACUAUGCAUGCACUCAUUUAAUACAUUUUUGUAAAAUACUUGCAAUGAUUGUUUUCUAAUAUAUAUGUAAUAUGUAAUAAAUCUAAAUAAUUUUCCA